AUUCACCCUGGACUGGCAGCAAAGGCAUCGGGUCUGGGUGUGUGCUUAGGGCAGAGCUACCAAAUGUGCCCCGGCUGUUGUGAGCUCUGUGGUGGAUGGCUUAGCUACAACUGUGCGUUCCCGGGGAGAGUUCCUGUGAGGAAGAAGAGGAAAACACAGAAACCAGGGCCACUCUACCCAGCCUGAGCUCGCAGGAAUCCCGGAUCCAGGGCCAGAAACCUCUGAACCAGGAACAGAAACAUGGACCACAGUGCAGAGGGAGCGGCAGCCAGCACCGAAGUGCCCCAGGAACUGCUGGAGGAAAUGCUUUGGUAUUUUCGUGCAGAAGAUGCGGCUCCUUGGAAUUAUUCCAUGCUGGUUCUGGCAGUCCUGGUGGUGGUGAUAAGCAUGUACCUCCUGAGAAGGAGCAUCCUGGCCAACAGAAAUCGGAAGAAGCAGUCACAAGACAAAGAAACUCCAGACGACCUGCAUCUAGAUGAUUCCGGGAUGACGGAGAAGAAUAGCCUGGGUCUCCUAAGAGAGACACUGGUCUCAGAGAAGCCGGACUUGGCCCUGGGGGAAACUGAGUUGGAUGAGAGAGACGCCUCGCUCGUCUUUCUACCAGACCCACAAGAAACUGAGAGCUAGGGAGCAUUGAG